CUACCCCCUCCACCCGCCGGUUGCCAGGCCUGGUAACGGGGUCAGGAGCUGCCCGUGGUGCUGGUGGCCUGCACGGGACUGCCCUGGCACUGGGCUCUGCGGAGGGAGAGGUCAAAGCCUGGGACCCCAGGUGGCCGACCGCUCCCCUCAGGCGGGGCGGGGCUCCGCGGGGGCGUGGCCAAGCCAGCCCUUAUAGGACGCGGCCCGGGAGGCCGCUGCCACUCCAGCGAGACCAUGAGGCUCCUGCUGUGGCAGCUGCCGGCCCUGCUGCUGGCGCUUGCGGCGCGGGGGACGGCGGCGGGCGCGCCCACCUACCCGAGGCGGGACGCGGAGACGGGGGAGUGGCUGGCGUGCGACAAGUGCCCCCCGGGCACCUUCGUGCAGCGACCUUGCGGCCGGGACAACCCCACGACGUGCGGCGCGUGCCCGCCGCGCCACUACACGCAGUUCUGGAACUACCUGGAGCGCUGCCGAUACUGCAACGUCAUCUGCGGGGAGCGCGAGGAGGAGGCGCGGCCGUGCGGGGCCACCCACAACCGCGCCUGCCGCUGUCGCCCCGGCUUCUUCGCGCACGCCGGCUUCUGCCUGGAGCACGAGCCCUGCCCGCCCGGCGCAGGCGUGGUCGCCCCCGGCACCCCCAGCCAGAACACGCAGUGCCAACCGUGCUCCCCGGGCACCUUCUCCGCCAGCAGCUCGAGCUCGGAGCGGUGCCAGCCCCACCGCAACUGCACGGCCCUGGGCCUGGCCGUCAACGUGCCGGGCUCCCCGUUCCACGAUGCCCUGUGCACCAAAUGCACGGGCUUCCCGCUCGGCUCGCUGGAGCCGGGGGCACCGGGGACCGAGGAGUGCCAGCGCGCCGUGGUCGACUUCGUAGCUUUCCAGGACAUCUCUCCCAGGAGGUUCCAGCGGCUGCAGCAGGCGCUUGCGGGCCCCGGGGCGCGGAGUCCGCCGCCGUCGCAAAGGGAGGAUCGCGCGGCGCUGCGGCGGAGGCUGUGGCUGCUGCUCACGGAGCUCCGAGAGGCGCGGCCCGGGACGCUGGGGGCGCGGCUGCUGCGGGCGCUGCGCGCGGCCAGGCUGUCCGGGCUGGAGCGCAGCGUCCGCGAGCGUUUCCUCCGCACGCGCUGAGCACUCUCCCCGUUAUUUAUUCGCUCCCGGCCCGAGCCCCACGCAUGGGCGGCCCGCAAGUCGCACCUAAGGAAGCUUUGGACCCGGCUUCUGUGGCGUUAUAAAUUUAUUUUUCAUAAAGCCGAUUGGCAAACGA